CGCCCCCGGCCGGCGGGCUCCUGCGUCAGCUUUCCCAGCCCCACCAGCUAUGGUGAACCUGGGACUGUCCCGCGUGGACGACGCCGUGGCCGCCAAGCACCCGGGACUUGGUGAAUAUGCCGCGUGCCAGUCGACCGCCUUCAUGAAGGGCGUUUUUACCUUUGUCACAGGCACCGGUGCGACCUUGGGCCUGCAGAUGUUCAUUCAGAGAAAGUUUCCAUACCCUGUGCAGUGGAACCUGCUGAUGGCUGCGGUUGCAGGUUCUGUGGCCAGUUACUGGGUGACAAGAGUGGAGUCGCAGAAAUGCAGCAACCUCUGGCUCUUCCUGGAGACGGGGCAGCUCCCCAAAGACAUGGGCACAGAUCGUCGCAGCUAAGAGCACUCCAGCUAGGGUGCAGCGGAUCUGGGGCAGGGGCAGUCCUGGAACACAGCCCUCUGCCCUCCCAACUCCCAGCUGGCCUUUCCCACCUCACACAUGCCUCUCCCCACCCGAGUGCCUUUUGUCCCCUGCACUUGUGCGUGGCCAGACCUGCACAGACUGCCACCUUCCCAAACCUCCUGCCAAGAGGUUGACUCAGAAAACACUGGGAGGCUGGGGUCCUCCCCCAAGGGCAACAAGAAACAAGGUCAGCUCUGUGAACCAGAUGCUUGUGUGGAGGUGACAAUCCUUAUGCGUGGAGGGGACUUGUGUACUCUUCGUGGGGCUUUGUGUCCCCUUUCUGGUUCCUAUACCUGCAACAAGCCCAAAGGGACAGCAGGUGCUGGGGGUAUGAAGCUAAUAAAUGGCUUGUCCUUUCUCCCACCUGAGCACUAAACAUGGCAGCGGGCUAAGGAGAGGUGAUCAGUCCAUCAC